AUGGUCCUAAACAACCAAGUCAUAGUCCUAAUCGUCGUAGCAGCAGCAGGAGCAGCAGUACUCUGCGGCUACGCCAUCACGCGCUUCUACACGAACUCGGCUCCGAACGAACAUCUCGAAGGCGUGGGCGAGGAAUUCUCCCAGGCGCAAUAUCAACGGGAAUUGAGAUUAAGGAAUACGGAGAAGAUUGCUGAGAUGACGGGACAUGGUCGUCAUACGCUGAAUGAGAUGAGGGCGAAUGCGCAUUCUGCUCUCUCGUGA